CAGGUGACUUGGAAAUCGUGAUCAGCUGAUUCUAAUCGCCCGUUUACAGCAAUUAAUGAGAAAUAUAUUGAGGCGAUUUCUUCAUUUAUAGUACGGUUUGUUGAAUUCACUAGGUAUACCGUGGGACUGAUUCUGUUCAACUUUUGUGACGAGGAGGGACACACGUGACCCUCCAUUCCUCUGUAGCUCGGUCCACUGAUGACCGACCAAGAACGUACACCAAAUCAUCCCCAAUAAAGAAUGAAGGACGCCUCGGACUUUGUCAACCAUCCCGUAGACAGGGGGUGGGCCUGGGUCAUACUAACAGCCUCCAGUCUGAUCUUUAUGAUAUACGUGGGAACUAUCAAAACCUCAGGGUUAUUCUUUGUGGCCUUUCAAGAAUUCUUUCAGGCCGAGGCUUCCACAACGUCACUCAUUCCUGGAAUCCUCCAAAUCAUUUACAGCUGUGCUUCUCUCCCUAUACUGACUUAUGGACUUCACCAUUUCUCAGUUCGACAGAUCAUCAUUGUCGGGGGAUUUCUCGGGGCCUUGGCAUACUUCAUUGGAUUCUUUGCUGGCAGUAUUGAGAUAAUCGUCAUAACUCAUGGAGUGAUCUACGGUAUUGGGUUUGCUACGCUCCAUGGGCCGGCGGCGUACCUGAUUGGUACGUACUUUGACAAACGCCGGGCAUUGGCUAAUUCCAUUCUAGUGGCGGCCUCUGGUUUUGGCGGGCUCGUCCUCCCGCCUCUCUAUCGAUACCUAAUGGACGUGUACGGCCUGCAGGGAACCAUGCUCAUAUUGUCUGGAAUUCUACUUAAUGUCGUGGCUCUAGCAGGAUUGCUUAAACCACCCUCUUUAUUUGCGCCGAAAGAAAAAGUCACCAUUGAACCUCAUUAUAAAAUUGUGAGUAUUCAUGAAAUAAACGGAGACAGGAAAUACUCUCCAAUAGUGAAGGGAAAGAAACGUUCGAUUUCUCUGUGUGAAAAGGCACCGUCAUCUCCAGUGGAAAACGGCGAGGGAUGGGGAAGCUUACCCCACAAUCUUAAUUCAAGAGCACAUCACAGUUCCACUCUGACACGAAGCUUGCAGAGUUUAGGAAGCACUGAUAUCAUUUAUAGCCUUUCCCAAACUGAGUUAGAGGUACCCUCUACAAACAGAGAGAAGAAACAAAAAAUCCUUGAUAUGACGCUGCUAAAGAAGCCAUUACUACAGUUAUUUUUGUUUGUUUAUUGUUUUGGAAGCAUUGGCUCGGCUUAUGGUCACAUUUUUAUUUCUCCAUUUGCACGUGACCAAGGAUUUACAACUAAUGAUAUUUCAAUGCUAAUUUCUAUAACAAAUAUGUGUGAUUUCAUUGGCCGGUUGAUGUGUGGGGUGAUAGCCAAUCAGCGACUGAUAAAGAACUCUACCCUGGUGGCCAUCAGCCAGCUCGUUACUGGGGUAACCUUGACCCUCUGCUCUGUUUACGGACCUUUCUGGAGCUUUUGUGUUCUUGCUGUCAUGUAUGGUUUGUUUUCUGGCGCCAUUUUCUCUAUGACGCCUGCUAUUAUCGCCGAUUUUGUUGGCAUGGAAAAUUUUAGAACUGCCUUUGGUAUUCUGAUUCUAUUCCAAGGAUUUACCCUUGGUGGAGGUGCUCCUUUCUUAGGCUAUCUUCGUGACAAAUCACAGAGCUACACGACAUCUUUUUAUUUUAUGGGUUCUCUACUGUUAGUAUCUGGGGUGUCUUUGUUAUUAGAACCGUGUGUUCGGUCUCGACAGGAAAAGAUGGAGUCAAGAGAAGAAAAGACAGAGGAAAUAAAAUUGUCCGUAUGACACCCAGCCUUUUAUGAUGUCUAAAGCAAUGUGUGAUCACCUAGGGUUUUUUUAAUUACAGUACUUGGAGAAUCAAGUAGAUACCAAUUCAAUUCUCUAUGUUCCUCAUAAUCAACUCGCAAAAAAGUAAUUCAAAAUUUCAUAGAGUUUCUGAAAUGGAAGGAGUAAUGGCUCUAUGUGUAUAUUACAACACUAUAUAAUGCAAAGUUUAAUUUAAAAAAAUAAAAAAGUCAUCAGUUAGAAAUCCGAAACAAUCGUUUUAAAAGUUAACCAAAUACAGGAAACUCGGUGAACUCUCAAUUUUUAUGAAGUCCAUCGGAUGGGUCAUAUAAAAUG